CAAGCUGAAGUGUCUCUGAUGUAUUUCUCCCAAAGAGUUCUCCUGUUUGGGAGCACCAACAGGAAUGGAGAGAUUGUUUUCCACAGGGCCUAAUGAUGCCUGAUGGCUUAUUCAGCCGCCCAGUGCCAGCACUAAAAGCUGAUCAUUAUAGGGCCCUCUGCUCUUUCAGUGUUAAAGCCGUGGCUCAGAAAAUGAGCUGUCACCAGCGUGAGGAAGGGAUGCAGCACGUUGGUCCCUAUAGUGACCUUGUUCAUUCUGGAUACUUUGGGAAGCAGGGCAGGUCUGUGGUGUUAAACAAGCCAGGUUCAUUUACCCUCAGGUCGCUGAGAUUGAACCAUUCCAAAAACACGCAAAAUAUCCGAGGACUGUGAAGCCAACAUGACCAGUGGGGGCUGUGUGUUUGUCCUAUUUUCCCUCAUACAUGUCUCGCUGAGUGUGGAAAUGACAGGGUUAUAUGGCAACUUCACCUCCCCCAACUUCCCCCAGACAUACCCGGAUAACCAGCUCAUAGUGUGGAACAUCACUGUCCCAGAGGGCCACAGGGUCAAACUCUACUUCACCCACUUCAACGUGGAACCUUCCAAUCAAUGUGAAUAUGACUACAUUCAGGUUUUGGCAGAGGGGAAUGAGACCUUGCGGUUCUGUGGUGAGGAAGAGAAGAACUCUGAAAGCACCCCCAGGAACACCAUCAUCCUGUCAGCCGGGAACCUCAUGUCAGUGGUCUUUAGGAGUGACUAUUCUAACGAGGGACGAUUCACUGGCUUCCAAGCAUUUUACACCUCAGAAGACAUCGAUGAGUGUCUGUCCAUCAUGGUAGACGGGGAGAGAGCGUGUGAUCAUUUUUGUCACAAUUACAUUGGUGGAUAUUACUGCACAUGCAGACAAGGAUACCUUCUCCAUGACAACAAAAGAUCCUGCACAGUGCCAUGCAUCAACCAGGUGUUGACCACGCUGUCAGGGGUUCUGACCAGCCCAGGCUACCCGAACCCCUACCCACCCAUGAGUCAGUGUGACCACACCAUCCGUCUGCCGGAGGGCUACAGAAUAAUCCUGAACUUUCUGGCACCCUUUGACGUAGAGGGACAUCCGGAUGCCCCCUGUCCAUACGAUACGUUGAAGAUUUCAACAGCUGGACAAGAGUAUGGACCCUUCUGUGGAUCCAAGCCACCAGGCCGCAUUGACACAGGAGGUUACCAGGUGAAUGUUGCAUUCAAAUCCGACCCCAGUGGUAAAAACAAGGGAUGGAAGAUUAAGUAUACCAGCACUAAGGCUACAUCCCUCACUGUAACUUAGACUGAUGGCUUGAUGGCCUGUAUACGCUAUCUAAAAACUAUAACUUUGAUAGUGUGGCAACUAAAGUCACUGUUUGCUGUUAACUCGACCCUAAUUUUUGUGAUGAAGCUUGGAUGUUGUGUUUGAUCUUGAUGCUAGCAGAAGCAUUAUCUUGAUGAUAUCUUGGUAUGAUUUUGUGAAACUGGUACUAUAAAGAUAUUUUCAAGCAAUUUCAGGGAUUGAACCUAAUGUUGACAUCUUUGUAUUUCUUUGCUUGGUGAGAUGCCACUACAAAUCCUUCUGGGUUCUAAAAUCUCACCAGUACAAUCCCUUUUAACCAUUUUUGUAAUAUGUUUUUAUUAUUUUAUUACUUGCAGGAAUAAAGUAAGACUCAAAAGACACUUUGAUUAAUUUAGACUAUUUUUUACACAAUGUGUUUAUUAAAAUGAAUGUUUGGUCUACAUGUGAUCAGACAAGCAUUUUGAUUAAAAAAAAAAAUCUAAGUAAGAUAUCUGAAUACAAACCGUUAUUCUGCUCUAUUCUAACCAAAGACAGAGAUGUAUAUUUAUGCCCAGGCAGAAAUAAUAAAUUAAUUCCAUAAAGUAGUCUGGAAGUCAGUCAGUCUGGUCUAAGAGGCGGUGAAUGCUAGUCGUUUAACCUUCAUACAUAAUGCAGCUUGUUCUCAGCAAUCCCAGCUCCACUCCUCUAUCAAAACUGUCAUUAAAGGGUUCUACAGCCCCAUGAAAUUGCCUCUCAUUUCACACUUUUGCAUUUACUCACCAACACAAGUGGGGCAAAAGAGCAUGCAUGAAUAUGUGGGUGUAAGAAAGAAACGCACUUGUGUUGAUUUAUUUUUACUGUUUCUUCGGCUCCAGUUUUCGUUUUUUUUCCUGUUGCCUUGGAAUCAAGCCAAUGCCACUUUUCUGUGAACUUAUUACUUUAAAAAAAGUAUAGUAACUUGGACCGAACUGUGAUGCUGCUACAUACUUUGUAGUUUGAAGUUCACCACAGCUUAGCAAGGCAAGGUAUGCACUGACCCAUACAUCACCUUGGCAUUUGCAACCCAACAGAAUCAUAAGGUCUUAGGUAGUCAUGUGUUCUCUGAAAAUCAUCUGAGCACAUAGAAUAAGGUUUGUUUCUAGCAUGAAAUGCCCAGACAGUCCUCAAGGCAACUGGGUGCUCACAGAGCAAACCUGCAGUUUUUACCUGUACACUGUUAACUCAUAAUCUAAUCCACCAAAACACUGUGACACAUGAGAGCACCAUCGACUGCUCCUAUAUCUCACUCACUUCUAACUGUUCAGCCUAGUUGGAGCCAAUUCCACAGGAAUUACGCACACCAUGAAACCCAUUAACUAACUGUUGGAAAAUAUCUAGUAGCAGCAUGCUGCCAGUAGGCUUAUAGCUAAUAUGCCUCAUCACUAUUUGUCGAUAACCCUGCGUGAACUUACUGUAUGUAAAGGAAGAACUAUGAAGGAGGUUCACCCUGUCAAAAAUUCUACUUAGUAUUGUUAUCGUUGAUACUGUUUCUGGCUAUGGAAGAGCACACACUAUUUUUUUUUUUUAUUAAUCACUAUUUUAUGGUAUCUUGAAUCUUAUUUUCAGAGAUCCUAGUUUCCUCGAGCCUUGAACUCUUUGUUCUAUCUUAAUGCUCAGCUUUUGAUUAAGUCUUCAGAGGAAGGAGAGUCUCGAGAAUACAUAUUAUAUUGACAUAUCUGUCAAUGAGAUUGUGCAUAAGGCUACAUUCAUUUAAUAUUUAAUCAUAAAAAUGUGGGACAACGAGCACUUUUAAAAGUUUGAGAGGCAAGUUUAUUUGAAAAUACCCCUCAUGACACCAUUCAACAUGUGUACAAAAUGUAUAAAUCACAUACUGUACAGUCAUACAAAACUUCCCUUUGAAACAUUUGCUGCACAUGUUUAAAUUAAAUACAUGUGAAUUUGUUGGGGAUCUCACACUGUAGCAGUUCUUAAAGGGUUCAGUAUGAAACAGCAGGGUGACAAGUUACUUUUGAUGAAACCAAGUUUCAAGCUGAGACACAAACCUUUUCCAUAUAUACGCACAAUACUGAGUAAUCAGCAGAUCCUUAUGAUUGCUCCACUCUCCCAUGUAUCUAAUAGUCAAGUACAAGCCCAUAGUGACAUCUCAAUCUCACCACAACACAAAAAAGAUGAUCCUUCCGCAAAUUCAAAUCCACCAUCAUUUGUAUUCAUGUGUUCAUGUAUUCCUGAGACAGAUGAUGAUAGACAUGACAAAGGCUAUCUUGUACAUGACCUAUGAGUCACACAGACUUGCACCCAUUGUACACCCCGCAUUACAUCACACAUCCACCAGACUGAUACAUAACUUCAAUAAUAGUAUAUAAUACAUAGUCUUAAAUUAUCUGUAAUACAUAAGUAUUGGUUCCAUGUAACUCAAAGAUGAAGCUUUGUCAUUUUUACCCUAAAUGUCGGCCAGACGUGUUCAGUGAGGCUUGAAGUGAUAUACAUCUUAUCUUGUCAGACUCUUUAUUAUUAGAAUGAUGAAUUAGCCCAUCUACUCCACUCAAAUAUAUUCAUUUACUUGUACAAGGCUAGCCUUUACAUAGAUAUAUCGACGUCAGCAUUUGCAUAUAUCUCAGAAAUAACGUUACUCUCAGCAUCCUGCCUGUGGUUUCUGUCUGCAUCCCAUGUAACUCAAAAGUAGUGCUGUUCAAGUUUCUUUGGCUUUGUGC